AUGUUCUCGCAAAGCCCACUUGCAAAGUGGUCAGGUCUGUCAUUGGAUAUUGAUGGCUUCUUAAAAAAACUCAAAGGGAUGCACACUGAUCAUGCAAGCGAUCAAAAGAAGAUAUAUCGCCUUUGGAAAGAAUGGAAGCAUCACGUCAUAUGUGCUUCCUAUGGCUUUGAGCAUAUCAAGAAGAUGAAAAGUGAAGCACUGAGCAAUCUCUAUACCAUGCUUCUCCAGGCAACACAGGAGAUCAUCAACUCUCUUGGAGGCAGUGAAAAAUGGGAUGCAUUGGAUGUGGAUUCACGUCGGCCUUAUGUUACAGAGAUGAUGGAGGGACUUGCACUGCAUUUUGGCAAGGAGAUCCUAGCUGCAUUACCGGAUGAGGAACACUGA